GGUACCCAAUUUAUAUACAAAUUAUCAGAUGGUUGAGCAGGUGUAAACAAUUGUGAAUAGAGAUCGAAAUGGAUCAAAUAAAGAUUCCAAAGGUGGAAAAUGUAAGAAUAUUAGACAAGUACAGUAAUAAUCAUUCUAUUGGUACUCUCUAUUUAACUGUAACGCAUCUUAUAUUCACCGAACAAAGUGGAAAGAAAAAAAUUUGGGUUUUAUAUACGCAUAUUUCAAACAUAGAAAAACAACCAUUAACUACAACAGGUUCUCCGUUGUGUAUUAAAUGUAAACAUUUUUUUAUUGUAACAUUUGUUAUUCCAAAAGAAAGAGAUUGCCAUGACAUAUAUCUUACAUUAUCAAAAUUAUCUUGUCCAGCAAAUAUAGAGGACCUUUAUUGUUUUAAUUAUCAAGCAAGUAAAGAUACUUUACCACAGCAUGCAGGAUGGAAUUUUUUUAAUGUACAAAGUGAAUUUCAAAGGCAGGGAGUCCCAAAUGAUGAAUGGUCUUUGACAUACUUAAACACAAAUUAUGAACUUUGUGACACUUAUCCAAAAUAUUUAUAUGUACCUAGCACGUGUGCUAAUAGCACUUUAAUAGGCAGUGCAAAGUUUAGAAGUAGAGGAAGAUUACCAGUUUUAACAUACUUGCACUCUAACAAGGCUGCCAUUUGUCGUUGCAGUCAACCUUUAUCAGGAUUCAGUGCAAGGUGUCCUGAGGAUGAACAAAUGAUGUAUAAUAUUUUACGUACAAACCUUAAUUCAAAGUAUAUGUAUGUUGUGGAUACACGACCGCGCAUCAAUGCCUUUGCCAACAGGGCAGCAGGGAAAGGAUAUGAAAAUGAAAACUUUUAUGACAAUAUAAAGUUUCAUUUCUUUGGUAUUGAAAACAUACAUGUAAUGAGAACCAGCUUAAAUAAGCUGAUAGAAUUACAAAGGACGACAACGAUGUCUGCGUUUUUAAGCGGAUUGGAAAGUAGUGGAUGGUUAAAACACAUACGAUCCAUAUUGGAAACUGCUUGGUUUAUUGCUAGAGCGGUUUCAAAUGGCGUCAGUGUUGUAGUUCAUUGUAGCGAUGGAUGGGAUCGCACUGCCCAAGUAUGUUCAUUGAGCGCAUUGUUGUUGGAUCCAUUUUAUAGAACGAUUCAAGGUUUCCAAGCAUUGAUAGAAAAAGACUGGCUAUCGUUUGGACAUAAAUUUAGCGACCGUUGUGGUCAUAUCAACUGUGAUAGUAAAGAGUUAGCGCCAAUAUUUACGCAGUUUAUCGAUGCAACGUACCAAUUAUUACAACAGUAUCCACACAAAUUCCAAUUUAAUGAAUUUUUUUUAUUGACCCUUCAUGAUCAUGUACACAGCUGUCAGCAUGGUACUUUUAUAGGAAAUUCUGAAAAAGAAAGGCACCUUUUUAGAGUAUCAGAGAGAACAUAUUCUCUAUGGGGAUAUCUAGCAAACAAUAUGCAUGAAUAUAUAAACCCGCUUUAUAAAUGCAAUCGUUUUAAUAAAGAAUCUAAUUUUGUACUUCAACCUAAAUUGGCACCGCACAGCAUCGCUUUGUGGCGAGGGAUGUAUUUUAGAUUUGAAAAUGGUAUUCAUCCGAGAGAAACAUACGAAGACUUUCUCUUAGUAAUGCACGAUCAUACUAGUUGCUUAGAAGAUCACGUCAAGCUUCUUCUAAAGAGAGUUAGUUCUUUAAAUUCAAUAAUGAAUUUAAAUAACGUUCAAAAGAAAGGCAUACAAGGAAAAAUGAAAUUUGAUAAUAAAUUUACUAAGGAUCCGUUAUCUGAUACGAUCAUAGAAAAUACAGCAAAUCACGAGGAAAAGACGAAAUCCAAAUUAAAAAUUGCUCAAUUAGAAAAUGAACUGAAGACGGUUUCUUUAGAUUGGAAAUUAUUACGAAAUAUAGAGGAGUGCACAUGUUCUACCACGUUUGACGCAUUUAAUAGAAAGCAUCACUGUUGGUCGUGCGGAGAAGUGCUGUGUACACGAUGUAUGGGUGCGCAUACUGUUCUAGCUGGACACUUUUCACAACGUGCAGUACCUACUUGUAAGUCAUGUAUACAAAAUUCCAGUAUUCCUUCUGCUAGUCCCUAAGUUAAUUCCUUCCGAUGUUUAUCUAACUUUGUGAUCUGUACCUAAGAUGUAUACAUACAUAUGACGUAUAACGAUUAGAUAAUGUAUCAUUAAGACACAGUUCAAGAAGUGUUAGUGAACUUAAAAAAUUUACUCUGAUGAAAAUGAAUAACCAAAGGCAUGUCAAUCUUAAAUGAAAAGGAUAUACAAGUAGGAAAGUAUUACAAAUAAAAAUACGACUUUAUUUUAAUGGUUCAAUACAAAUUGUAUUAUAAUAGAUAUUCUUAUAAAAAAAUGCACAAUCACUUUUAAAAAAAAAAAGACUGCUUUUAUUUUAUAUUGUAAAAUAAUUCGUUCGUUUCCUUUGAAAUUAAAGCCAAGUCUUUCAAAAUAAAAUUCUUUUUAUAUACAA